AUUCUCUUCUCUUUCCGCACAUGAACUCCUCUGUAUUUGAUCUUCAAUAGUUCAAUCAGAUCUUCUGCUUUGAUUUCAAUCGCUAUUAUGGUAUCAGAUUUGGUUCUUCGAUCCUAAUUCAUUUUUUCAUCUUCAUCUUUCAUAUAGAUUUCUACAAUCGAUUUUCCUUUUCUGUUGAAAUUCCACAAUCCCUAACCCUAGUUUCUUCGCACAUCUUUGAUUGCGAUGACUUCGAACAUCAUCUUUCCAUUAAAUCCUACUGAAGAUCCUUCAUCUCCAUACUACUUGCAUCCAAGUGAUCAUGCAGGUCUACGCAUCAUCUCUGAGACACUUACUGGUGAGAACUUCAACGCUUGGAAGAAGUCCGUUACAAUGGCCUUUAGUGUCAAGAACAAGAUGGGAUUCCUUGUUGCUUCCAUUGCUCAACCGAAGUCAGAAGAUUCUGUUGCCUAUUCUGUCUGGUAUCGUAUUAACGCACUUAUACUAUCUUGGCUGAUUUACUCAAUUUCUCCUGAAAUUUGUUCCACUUUCUUAUAUUUUACUUCUACUAAAGAUCUUUGGGACGAAAUUCAUCUUUGUUAUGGUAAGAGUGAUGGUCCUCCUUGUUUUGCCUCGAAAAAUCCUUUAGGCAAUAUUCCCUAGGCAAUAUUUCUCAAGGGGAUGGUGGUUAUCUUUUGGUCUACACCCACCCAUCCCGCUUUUCUUUUCCUUGGCCUUGCUUUUCAUUGUUUGGUCAUCUUUUGGUCUACACGUAGCAAUCUUUUGAUUGCUACGGCUUUACUUUCUUUUUCGUUUUCUCUUUUUUCGUUGCUUUUCACCUUGCUUUUCAUUUUGUCGUUACUUUUCUGUUUUCGUUGCUUUUGUUGUUUUUUUAGUUCAUUCUUUUCUUUAUUUUUUCCUUUAACAUGCUUUAAUUUUUUAUUCAAUAAGUAUGCAACUGUAUAAUCUAAAAUAUUGUUACUGUUCCAGUUUUUUCAACUUUUUCCAAUCAAUCUUCUAACUUAAUUAAGUUUUUUUUUAAAUUUGUGCAUUAUAAAAUGUUUUAGGUAUUAAUGUUUUUUUCUUCUGUUUUUAAUUUUAAGAUGACUAUUUGUUAGUUUAUUAAAUAUUACUCCAUGAAAAUGUUACGACGUCCAACUAACAAACCUUAUGAAUUCAUAUUUAUGCUCAUUUUGUAAGUUACAUAUACUCAAUUGGGGUAAUUGGUACUCAUGUUAUGCUCAUUUUAAAAAUGUCAUAACAAUGCAUGUUUCAAAAGUACCAUAUUAGAUUAGAUUAGCAUAUUGAGAUUCAUAGGAAUUGAUUAUAGAUACUCCAUCCGUCCUUUAAAACUUUGCCAAGUUUGACCGACACGAGGAUUAAUAAAGUAAUACUUGUGUGGUUGCGGUUUGUGCAAAGGAGAGAGAAUUAACUGGAACCACAAAUUCUUUACUUAAAAGGGAAAGUGGCAAAGUUAGUGAGCAUCCAAAAAAGAAAAGUUGACAAAGUUUCAAGGGACGGAGGAGUAUAAUUUAAUGAGUUUUAAAAAAAAUAAAAAAUAAGAAAAAGAAAGUGAAUUAUGAAAUUGGUUUUACAAUACUCAUUAUUCGACUCUUAAUGCUCAAUAUAAUACAUCUGAUGCUCAUUAAAAGUGUACUAAUGUUCAUCUAACCAAAACCGCGAUUUUCACUGAUAUUAUGAAAAUGCCACCGUUUUUUGUUGUGAUAUCAACUUUCUUUUGCUAACACGAUGCUCAUUAAAAUUGGACUAUUGCUCAUUAACAGUACACUAAUGCUCAUUUAUCAGAAACUGCGAUUUUCACAUUAAUUACAAAAAUGGCAUCGAAGUAUUUCGCUAUUUUUUCCUUGGGCUCGUUACUUUCCUUGUUUGGCCGGCUGUACGGUGCUCACUGUACAGCCGGAUGUAUAAUAUACACGCUCGUAUUUUGCUCAUAAGCAGUGUCGGAACCAGAACUUUUUUGAGCAGGUGCCGAGAAAUGUAUCAAAUAAAUACAUCAUAAUAAAUUUAGAAAAAACGCAUACGAUUAUCUAAAUUAAGUGUCGUAAAGCUUAAUGUUUACAUAUAAGUCCAAAACUAACUACUCUAGGAAAUUAAGGGAGAUAAUUGUGUCCUGCGAGUUCGCAUCUGUUUCCAUUCGGUAUUAAGAAUUUCAACAUUGUUAACCUAACAAAUUGUACAAGUGUACAACAAUAAAUUCAUAUAUGAAUUAGCCUUAAUUUGUAUGUAAUCACUACAUUCACUAUUAAAUUAAUAGGACAAUUUAUUUAAAAAAUGUAUAAUGAAUUACCAAAAUUUUAAUUUAAAUAAAAAGGGGAAAAUAGAAAAACUGAAAAUAGGAAUACCGGUCACAGUGGCGGGCGACGAAAGAACGGCGGUCGGCGAGCUGGCAGAUGACGGUCCGGUGUGGUGGCGUCCGGCGUCCGGCGUGCUGCGAUGCUACUUUGCCUGCUUCACUGCUUGGUUCGUUGGUUGCUUGCGCAAGGCGACUUGGAGUGCUGGUCAUUGGGCCUUCCUUGGCCCGAUAUGCCUUUAAUUUUUUUCACAACAUAGGCCCAGAAUUAUAAAGGUUUGAUCUUUUUUGAAGCUCGCUUCUUCCCUGUCCUCUAGCCGGCAAUGGUGAUUGGCGCAAACAGAGUUAUAGAGCUCUUUGCCUCUCCGACUCCAAGUCUCCGGCAGUCAGGCUCAGCGGCUCUCCCCUAGUCCCCUGGGUGCUGGUAAUGAAACUGCGGCACCGACACCAGCUCGCCCCCCCCCCCCUCCCCCCCGGGUCCGCCGCUGCUCAUAAGUAAUACUCUCUCUGUUCCAUUGGACUUUGCCAACUUUUCCUUUUUGUUUGUCCCAAAAAACUUUGUCACUUUCACAAUAAAAUAAUUAAUUUGUGAUUUUGGUUAUUUCUCUCUCCUCUACACAAACAUCAACCACACAAUUUUUACUAUUCUUAUUUUUACUAUUGGGACGAAGGUAGUACCUGUUCCCUGAAUCCAACCAUCUCAUUUUUUGAUGAGAAAAUCUAUUUGCAUAUAAAAUUUGUGGGCUCUUUAUACACAUCCCUAAUUGCUUGUUCAUACCGUUUGAAAAAUCGGUAAUUGUCUGUAACUAUCAUUAUACACAUAUGUGUGUAAAAGUGUAUAAAAUUUGUACUUAUAUAACAAGAAUGGUUCUUUUUUCAUUUUCGUUUGUAGUAUUAACUUUGUACCAUAUCAUAUUUAUUACUCUCUUCGUGUCACUAAGAUUGUUUCAUCUUUUCGUUUUGAUCUGUCUCACUAAGAUAGAGUCAUACUAAAUUUUAUAAUAUUUGUAUGGUUCAAAAUCAUUCUUACUUUAUUCUAACUUUUUAAAUUCAAAAUCAACCACAUAAACUUAUUUUUUUUAAUAAUCACAUCACCUCCUUUUGUACCAAUGUUUGAAGAAUAGAUAUAUUAAUAAUUAUUGUAUCUAAAUCAAUUCUCAAUUCAAUUUCUAUCACAUGAUUCUAUUUUUCAUAAAAACAUCACCAUCCUAUGUUGUCUCAAUUUUCCUCUGUUGUCUCAAUUUUCCUCUGUUGUCUCAAUGUUCUUACACCACUAGAGCUUUUUUUAUCGUCAAAAUGGAUGGCUUAAAAUGAUAUCACAUCAUUCAGAUAGGGGGUAAAACGAUAAAAGGACCACAAGCAACCGCCAGCCCUCGAACUAGACUUAGAGUCAAUCAUCUCCAAAAAAGCAAUAUAACUCGCUAAUCCAAUAAUGGGCAUAAAUGAGCCAACGGCAGUUAAAUCAGACCUCUCAUCACCCAAUCCUAAUGCAAGAUUCUUACAACAAUAAAAGUAACUAACAGAAAAAUAAACAGACUGAUCACGAAAAUUAAUAGCAAGCAAACAGUAAAAUUAAAAUAUUGCUUCCAAACCCUAAACUCUCCUGCACUCCAUGGUGGAGGUUCAGUAGGGGGGGGGGGGGGGGUACUCCAUGAACGACAUCCUUGAAAUUAUCCACCUGCUGCUAGGGGUACACAACCUUUGGCCGCCAUAUUGACGUUGCGGUCUGCUGAAAAAGAGAGCCUCACGAAAGAUGGACGAAAGUCACACAAGAAAGCCGCACUUCGUCGAGGAAUAAUAUUAGACUCAUAAAAACUCAUUACAAACCUUUGAGAGAAUAAAUUAGAGUUACCCGGAAUAUGCAAGUUGGAAUUUGAGUUCCCUAUAUAUGUUGGUACCUAGCUUAGAAAUGAAACAUCUAGGGAGCAUGUACCCCAAAUCUAAAAAUUGUUUGAAUACUUGGGGGUAAGAAUUGAAGUUUUGUAUUAAAAUUCUUCCCAAAAAUUCUAAAAAUUGUUUGAAUGCAUGUAUAGUUCAGUGCCCACUAGGAGUCGCGCACAUAGGAGAAUGUAACUUCAAUUCCCUACACUAUGAUUAAUACUAAAGAUGAAUCAAUUGAGACUAGAAUGACAAUCAGUUUUUGAGAAACCAAGAUUUCUUAUUUUUGAUUUUAUUGUUAUGUAUAAAUAUAGACUAGGAUAACUAUCAAUUUUUGGUUAUCCAACUUCAAGCAAGCUCGAUCACUAUGAUUUCAAACAUACACAAAUUAAAAUGUUAGCAGUUUUUUAUAAUUAUUUGGCAUGGUAAAAUUGAUGCCAUCAAUAUUAAGUAGAAGAAAUGAAGUAGGGAAAUGUAAAAUUGUCUUAAGCGUAAUAUGCAGUACGGAGUACAUUGUAAAGUUUAAAGGAAUUAUCCUAAAUGGGACUAAAACAUGGCUAAAACUCCAAACUAGGACUUUAAGUUUUAAAUUGCUUAAAUAGGACUCCAGAUUACAUUUUUACCCCUGAUUCCAAAAUCACCUUUCCCCAAUCCCUCUGCCAUCGAUCCUACACAUGCGAUUCAGCCCUCCCUUUCCGGCGCAGCUGCCAUGUAGCAGCUUGACCGAUUUCGAUCGCAACUCAACCGCCAUCAUCGCAACCACCUGCUCAACGCCGACCACCACCUCUUCUCUCCGACAAAAUCAGAUAUUCUGCAUCUUCUCCUCCUGUUUCCUCUUCCUCUUCUUUUCUUCUUUUUCUUUUUCUUCUUCUUCCCCUCCCCCCCUCUGUUUUCUUCUCCUCGCAGUUCUCCUUGCACUCCUCUGUUUUCGAUUAAAACUUCUUCUACUUGUUUUGAAUUUCAGAUUAUUUUAGACAUUUUAUUUCGAAAAUGCCAUCGUUUAAAAAUAAUGACAAUUUCAUGACAUUGCAUUUGUUAUGAUGACAGUUUUGACAUGUUUGUCACUUUACUCGAAAAUGACAUGUUAACAUCAAAGGCAAAAAUAUGACAUUUUUAGAUGCAAAAACAUGUCAGUUUUGAGAUUACAACAUGACAUUUUUAGAUGUAAAAACAUGUCAUUUUUGAGAUUACAACAUGACAUUUUUAGAUCCAAAAAUGUCAUCAUUUGUCAAAAAUGUCAAAAUCAUGGAAAUUUCAAACAUAUAAUACUGUCAUCUCCAAAAAUUGCGAAUGUGUCUCCAAAAAUUGCCAAUCAUGUGGCUUUUUUAAAAAAGUUGAUAGAUGAACAUAACAAAAAAAUUAGACCGAAAUAAUUUCGAAUAAUUGAUAGAACCGUGAAUUCCAAAUCCAAAAUUUUUAAAUAAAAAAUAUGACUGAAGAAGAAAGGAGCAGAGAAAAAAAGAGAAGGAAAAGGAGAUGGAGGAAAAGAAGAAGAAAUACUUACCUGGAGAUAUGUCGACCUGAGCAGUGGAGAGGGAAGCAAAGAUGACUUGCGGACAUGAGAGGCUGUUAUGCGUCGUCGGUGUCAUGUUUUUUAAUUGGGGGCAGUUUAGUCAGAUCAACUUUUUUUAGUCCUAUUUUUGACCAAUAAAACAUAGUAGUCCUAUUUUUGCAAUUUCACUUUGAUUUAGUCCUAUUUCAACAAUUCUCUCAAAGUUUUAUUAUAUCACACAAGAACCAUUUUGCUAUGAGAAGUUAUAAUGAUGAAAUUUGUGUUUUCAGAUCCAAGUCUUGGAACAUCCAAACAACAUGAUUCAAGUUUCAUAUGAAAGCCAACUUGAAGGGCUACAAAUCAUAUGAAGACACCAUUGUGAGAAUCGGAGAGAAGAAAGGUGAAAACAGACGAUGAAGUCAGACAACCUCUGUUUAGAUUUCAGAAUGCGACCUUCCACCAUUUUAUUCAUAUAUUUUUAUUGGAUGAUUCAAAUCCAGUUUUGCAAGUUGUGUUGGAUAGAAGACUUCAUUAGCUACAACUUUGAUGAAGGACGAAUAGUCAGAAGUGAACUAUAAAGCUGAUUUCUGCUUGCAGUUGCCGCUUGGUGUAUUGACGGUCUGUGAAUAACACCUAAUACUAAUACUGGAGUAGAAUUUUUUGGAGGCCCCCUUGGUAGUUGAGGCCCAAGACAGUUGCCUGGCCCAACUGCCCUCAAAGCCGCCCCUGAGUAUAUUGUAUGAAUAAAUCCUAGAUCAUGAAACUCAACUUACAACAAUAGCUAUUCGUCUUGAGGUUCAACUUCCAAGUAAGGAGUGACAUCCCAUAUUUGCUCAAAGACCUGAUAGAAUUACCGUAGAACGUCUAUGAAAUCAUCAUUACCCCAAUGUCAUAAAUGCUUUUACCUAGAUGGGGUAUGGGAGAUCAGAUGUAUAACCCUAUUUAGCACAUAGGAACUAUUCAAUAUAAGGAAGAAAUUAAUACUU